CAUAAAUAUUGAAUUGUAAAAAAUGUUAGAACAGGAAGAUACGGAUCAAGCGCAAGCAUUGCUAAAUCGUCUCCUUUUGGACUCGAAUAAUGGUGAAGACACAGAUAAAUUAGCCAGUGAACUACAAAUAAAUAACAAACCAUUUUCUACAGUUAUACCAUCACCAGGAUUUUGUGUCAAACUCAAGAAUAAGAAAGAUGAGAAGUUUUUUGUUAAUAUAUGUACAGCGGAUAAUGUUCCAAGUCCACCAGAUAUCACUGAUGAUGAGUUGAUAAAGAUAUUAGAAUCAGAUGACCCUACUCAGUUUAGAAUACCAAUGAGUAUAGGUGCACCACAUGCUGAACUUGAUAAAUCUGGUCAAGGUUGUACAGCUUAUGAUGUGAUUGUCAAUCCAUUAUUUUAUAACCAAUUAAAUUCUAGUGAACUCAUCAAGACUUUUUUCCUGACUGUAAUGUUAGAAGGGGUGGAGUUGAAGUAUGAUCAGGAAUUAUCAAGAGAAUGGGUGAUAUUAAAGAAUCGUAAAUUUGUUGGUGAUUUAGCUGAACAAUAUGUUAAAGAUAGAUCAAAGUCAUUAAUUACAGAAGUGAAUCAAGAUUGUUAUUGUUUUGUUUUCUUCUAUAGAGCUCCUGAACCUAAAUUUACUAUAUUACAAGAACCUGUUUCUGGUCAUCCUGAAUUUUUAGUGGCAGAAAUACACCUUCCUUUAGUUAAAAGCAGUCAGACACUACAGUUAGAUUUAGGUGAAGAUAGAAUAGUUUUAGAAACUAGAUCUAAUGUUUAUGAUUUAGAUAUAUUUUUACCAUAUUAUAUACAACAAGAUGAAUGUGGUGCCCAGUUUGAUAGAAAAACAAAGAUACUGACUAUUACCAUGCCAGUUCAUCCCUUAUCAACUUAAUUACUGAUUCCAACCUUUGUAAAUUACUAUUAGUACAUGUAUUUAUAUUUUAUAAAAAAAAUUACUAAAAUCAUUAUGUAAGAGUUGUAAAUUGUUCUUAUUUAUUGUGAAUAGCAUUUAUCUCCGUUGUCUGGUAAGUUUUUAUGUAUAUAACUGUAUAUGUUGACCUAUUCCAGUAUCAUAACUUGGAGCUCCAGGUUAGCAAGUAUUUUGCCACCAUGUAAUGACAAUUACAUUGAUAGCAACGAUGAAUAGCGAUUCUUUCAUUCUUAUCAAUGCAUUGCGUUAGUUAAUAAUCUUGAUGUAUAAUCUUGUAGACACAAAAUUUUAGUCUAGUUUUCACUUAAAAAUUUGUAAGAAAUAAUUCCUGACUCCAGCGUUUGAAAAUUAUCUUUCACAUUUUGUUACUUUUAAAUGUUUUGAUGUGCUAUAAAGUGACUAAAUUGUUAUAAUUUCUUUCUCUUUCCUUAUCUGAUAUAUCACAUUAAAUCAUAUUGUUGG